AGGUUUUAAUCUUGCGCGGAAAUUCCGCGCGUUGAAAUGAAUCGCGUGAUCUCGUGGUGGUGUUGUCGUCAUGCCUCUCCGCGUGAACGAGAAGGAGCUGGAAAACGUUUGCCGAUCGAAAACUCCUGGUGAGAUCGAAGGAAGGCUUCUGUUCGGACCGCCAGAAGAUUACUCCGAGAAGAAAGUUCAAGGCUUUAAGGAACGAUGGUUCAAGCUCUCUGGAAACCUGAUGUUCUCGUUCAAACUGAACGAGCACGGCGGUGUCAACAAAAACGCGGAGCCGAACGGCGUUUUGGUUGUUGAAGACUGUCUCGUUCAGAGGGAGGGAUUUGAAGCUGUUCUCUUCGCAUUUUCCAUCACUUUCGCCGGCGGGAAUUCGAAAUACCGGCGAAAGUAUGUGUUCGGGUGCUUUUCGCAAGAACAAGCUCAGAAAUGGGUUCAGCAUUUGCGCAUGGCGAGCACUCAACGACUUGCCUGCAGAGCUGUGGAGCUGGAGGCACGUAUUCGUCUACUUGGUGGAAAGCCGAAUUUUGAGAUGUCCAGGAUAACGGGCACUACAAAUCUAAUCCGAGCCGGGUCCAUGCCUGUGUUGACCAUGCAAAACGUUCCCAGUCCCUCAACCCGACACAGACCUCACGAGUCCCCGCAUCCACCCAGGCAGCUAGACGAUUUGCCGAAGUCAAAAUCAAAGUUCUACAUGAAACCGCCUUCUUUGAACAUCUCGAGACCCAGGGAGCGGAGUUUGACACCGAGUGGCCGCCGCGUUUCUCCGACAACAGGCAUGAGCAAGUCUUCGUUCACUAGCUACUUCCCUUCUGUGCCGACGCCGACGCCACGAGAGCGGAGCAAGUUGAAACCCUCUCGGCCGCCUCCGCCUGUUCCGCCCCCACCGGCGACAAAAAACUUGAUCGAAUUUUGAUGCAAUUCCUGAAUUGUUUAGUUAUUUUUGUUUGUUUUCUUUUUUGUACGUUUAAAGUGCCCUUAAGCGCCAGUCCGCAAUAUUUUCAGUGAUUUGAACUUGAAAUGUUUGAUUUCUCGUCAUCGUUGCGCGAACAGUCAUAAUUUUUAAAACGUGAAGUGACGUUUGCAUUUACGUGCGAUUGGACUCGUGAAUCGCAUGUAAGUUUUUUUUUUUUUUCUCUGUCCGGUCUCGUCGGAAGAAACAAUGUUAAGAGAAUUAUUCCUCGUUAUUUAUUCGAAAGUUUGUGUCGAAUGAUAAUUGAAAAGGAACAAAGCGAGCUUCCGAGUAGCCUAUUGGCUCCAGAAGAUAUGCAUCCGUCGAAUAUUUGCAAAUUAUCUUCGAAAAAUAUUUUAGAUUUAGAAGAUCGUUGCGAUUGCGCUCAGCUUGUCGGAAUUAUUAUUCUGUGUCAGCAUUUUCAAUUUUGUUUCGUUGAUUAUCUUCUCGCAAUUUUUCGGUCGUUUGAAAGGCAUUGAAACGUUUGCUUGCGUCUUGAGUUAUUCCACGGGACGCGAGAUCUUUUGAAGUCUUGUUUUGUCCGAAUUAUCGAUGCCGAGUUCGCUGCAUUUUGCUCAUUUUUUAUUCCGCAAGGGCGCUUUCAAGUACUGUAACUAAAUCGGGAUCUUCAGAUGUGA